AUGGCGGUGACAAACGGUACAAACGGCACAAACGGCACCCAUGGCCAUUUCAAGGCAAACCCGUCCCUCGUGGUGACUGCUGAUCACCAAAUCCGGAUGGAAGAAGCCCCCAUUCAUGAGCCUGGCCCAGGAGAGGUCCUCCUCCACAUCAAGGUCACUGGAAUCUGCGGUUCCGACGUCCAUUUCUGGAAGCACGGUCGCAUUGGUGACCUCACCAUUGACGGCGAUUGCAUCCUCGGCCACGAGCCUGCUGGCGUUAUCUUGAAGAAGGGCGCCGACGUCACCCAUCUCGAAGUCGGCGACCGUGUAGCCAUCGAGCCCGGCGUUCCCUGCGGCCACUGCUUCCUCUGCACCGGCGGACGUCCCAACCUGUGCCAGGACGUCGCCUUUGCUGGCGUCUACCCUUACCACGGUACCAUCCAGCGAUACAAGGUCCAUCCCGCCAAGUUUGCCCACCGUCUACCCGACAAUGUCACCUUUGACUCUGCUGCCCUCCUCGAGCCUCUGUCUGUCGCCAUGCACGCCCUGCGCAUCACCCCGAUCACCAUGGGCACACCCGUCGCCGUCUUCGGUGCCGGCCCAAUCGGCCUGCUCACCAUGGCUGUCGCCCGCGCCUCUGGCGCCUACCCAAUCGUCAUCUCCGACAUUGACGAGAACCGCCUCGCCUUCGCCAAGGCAUUUGAGCCCAACUGCCGCACCUACAAGGUCGACCCCGCCGACUCCCCCGAGCAGUCAGCCGCCAAGGUCCGCGACCUGUUUGAGAGGAAGGGGUGGGAAUCUUCCGCCGGGCGCACCGAGUACGACAUGCCCAACGUCGUGCUGGAGUGCACCGGCAUCGAGUCGUCCAUCGCCACGGCCGCCUUCACCGUGCGCCGCGGUGGCUCCAUCAACGUCGUCGGCGUGUCCUCGCGCCCGUCCAUCAACAACAUCCCCUUCAUGCACAUGUCCCUCGCCGAGAUCCAGCUGCGCUUUAUUAAUCGCUACCACGACACCUGGCCCGCCGCCCUCCGCGCCCUCGAGGGUGGCCUGAUUGAUCCCACGAAGGUCGACGGCCUGGUGACCCACCGCUUCAAGCUUGAGGAUGCUAUCGAUGCCAUGAAUCUGGUUGCUGGCAUCACCAAGCCCGCACCUGGGGAAAGGGUCGUCAAGGUCCAGAUUGUGGACGAGUUCGAGGUCGAGAUCCCCUAG